AUGAAGAAGCCGUGGAAAUCUGGGGCUGCCGCUGCUCCAAGCGCUCAGCCUGUUGAUAGUCAACCGUCGGCUAUCCGUGGCAGGAUCUCUGGACCGGUUCCCAUUCCGACUUCUAUGGACGACGAGUUUCCAAUUCGCAAUCCUGGUACCAGCAUCGCGACGCCCGUCCAGGGCGAAUUUCAAGAAUCUCAACCUGAACCCACUCCAUCACGCAGCGAUUUCAGAUCACCAACUUUCCCAGAACCUCGCCACAAUGAGGCAAGCAGUUUUAGAGAAGAACCAAGAUAUUCAGUACAUGCGCGCCAUCCCGGAACAACAAGCCGAUUGCAAAAGGCUGAGCCAUCAAACAGGCAUUCUUUUGUUAGCACAGACCGUUCUCAGACUAAGGAGCGUCCGCAACGGAAGCAGUCGACCCUUCGUGGUGCUUUGGGCAAACUCUUUAAUCGCAAAAAGAAAGUCAGCGACAACGAAAGCACCGGAAACACUGACUCAGAAGCUGGCUCUGUGCCAGUGCGCCCCGGACCCUAUCGACGAUCAACUGCUGAGGAUGGUCGACCACAAGAUUCAGUGCCCAGUUUAAACCAUAAAGACAGAUCGGCUCCCAGAACAAGAAGUCGGCCGUUCCCCGGGGCAGAGUCUAAGCGAUCUGCUUCACUACCCAUAACCGAGUUUGAUCGAGCGUUGAGAUCUCACUCCAUUAGACCGGAAGACGUACGCGCCAUCGAGAGUGCACGUAACUCACUGAGCGCUGACUUCGGUCUGACUCAUGCAGCUAAGCUGCGUGAAUAUAGUCUGGCAGGCCUUUCCCCGCGACCUGCGAGCAGUCAUGGCCGAGAAAGCCGUCAAGAUCAACAUGACGAGAACGCGGAUGAAAUCGGUCGUGCGAUUACUAGUGAUCUUGGAGUGCGGCGAAGGUCGCGGAGCUUAUCAGGACUCCCAGAGGACGGCCAUGGUCUCGCCCGCCGACGCAGCGACGAAAUCAAGUAUUGGAGGGAAAGCUACGAUCCUGGCUUCACACAUCCUAUAUCUUCUAAUGUUGCAGAUGCUGAAGAUGGCGUUACAGCAGAAGUCGAACAUACUCAGCACACCCAGGAAGAAGAUCAACAACAGCAACAAGCAGAGCCCUUCAACUUUGGUUCCUUUGCAGAUAUGAAGCAAGUGGGCAGCAUGAAGAUCACACAUGCUGCGAAUAUGGAGACACGAAUCAACAACCUCGAGUCUCGUGUUUAUCAGUUAGAGCAGGUCCUCGACCGAAUGUGCGAUGGUGGUUGGAACCGGCAAUCCCAUUUUGAACCACCAGAACGAAGUGCACCUCCAGCACCCGUCGAGCAGCGUUCUUCCGCCAAGGUUAUGGAUGACCAAGCGGAUUGGGCCAGGGAAGAUAACAAGAAAACCUUGGGAUGGCUCAAUGGUCACUCAAAAGGAAGCCACAGAGGAAGCAUGUUCCUCGAUCCAUCGUCUCCAGCCAUUCUCAGCGAUGGUAAUAAAGACCGCCCUGCCUCAACAGCAACAGUUCGUGGUACAACCAGUCUGCCCAACCUACUUCAAGAUACACCUGGGACUUUUACCAUGGAUCACUACACAACGCUCGUGGCUCUGAUCCAUACGGAACGUUCCGCCCGAGAAGCUCUGGAGACUCAAGUCAAGACGCUUGGCCACCAACUAAGUAUAUUGUCAAAUUCGGCGGCUAUGAACCGCGGAUAUGACCCCCCUCCGACAGCCAAGUCUUUUGGUGACAGGUCGGCGUUUGAUCACGACGAUGACAACGAAAACAUGGCAUCUCUAGCGGUCAUUACAAGAUCACACAGCCGACAUGUGGACCCUGAAGAUUCGGGUAUUGGAACAGGCCAUGGUGAUGAUAGCGAGUACUCCGAUACAUUUGAGACCCCUCGCGAAGAGGGAGGACAUAUGUUUGGAGCGUUUGGUGAAGACCUGGAUAGAGAAGAUCAGGCACAAACAAAAGCGGCGCGGACGUUGUCCCUGUCACAAUUAACGAUGGGCAGAGGUACACAGAAGUCUUCGCAGCAUCUUCGCCGGGUCAUAUAA